AUGGGCGGCGAUCUCAACCUCAAGAAGAGUUUCCACCCGGGCCUCCUCAAGAACCAGGCCAAGGUCUGGGAGGAGGAGAAGAAGGCCCUCGACGAGCGCAAGAAGACGCAGCAGCGCAUCAACGAGCUGAAGGAGGAGCGCGCGCGCGAGGAGAUACAGAAGCAGCUCGAGGCCGCCGGCCACACCAAGAAGAUCGACCGCGUGCGCGAGGAUCCGAUGCUCGCCAUCAAGAAGGAGGAGCAGGCGGCGUACGAGGCCAUGAUGAACGACCCGAUCCGGCGGCGGCAGUUGCUGGCCAACAUGGGCCUUUCAGAUGAGACCAAGGACCGGUCAAAACGCCGGGAGGACAAGCACAGAAAGAGGCGGCACCGUCAUCGGGGUGAGGAUUCGGACGAUGAGAGGCGACACAGGCACCGGAGGCGGGCACAUUCACGAUCGCGGAGCCCGUCAUGGCACCGCAGGGACGGUUCGGACGAAGGGAACGACAGGCGCAGGAGCAGUCGCCGUGACUCGCCAAAACGCAGGCGGUAUGAUUCGGACGAAGAUGUUGACCGUCGGCGAGAGAGGAGAUCGAGGUCGCCUCGCCGACGUGAGCGCGAGGAUGGAGACAGUCACCAAGAGCGCGGCGACAGGCGGGACGACCGGCGCAGGGAUGGGGAUCGUCGUGACAGCCGACGCGACGAGCGACAUGACAGGCAAGACGAUCGUGGACGUGACGGCGACCGCGAACGAAGCUACGACAGACCAAGACGCCAUUCAGACAGGUCGCCGCAAGACCAGCAUCGUCGCCGUUUCGACGGAGGCAGGCGGAACGGAGGUUUUGCGCAAGGCGGCGGCGGCGCGAGAGACCACAAAGCUGACGAGGAAGAGAAGGCGCGCAAGCUGGCGGCGAUGCAGUCGGCGGCGUCGGAGCUCGACUCGUCACGGGAGCAGAGGUUGGCAACGCUCGCGCAGCAGGAGAAGGCGGCGCGCGACGCCGACGAUGAGGCGCGGCAGCGUGCGUCGAAGCACGGAGGCGAGAAUGAAUUUUCAAACCGGCUGCAUCGCAAGGCGGGGGAUUUGGGCUUGGCGGAGCGGAUGGGCCGGGGUCGGCAGGGUUACCAGCGGGAUGACGACUGA